AAAUCAGGAAAAAAACUGGGAUCUCCCUCCUCCACCCUCCCAACCAAGUCCAAAUGUAAACAGCGUUAUGUGGUCUUUUGGUGCCUCUGUUACUGGCACAGAAAUCUGGGAAUAUACCGUCCGUAAUAAAACCAAAGCACUUAUCUCAGCGGCUUCAGCUACAUCAUCAGCAUCAUCAGCAAAUGUAGCAAAUGCAGCAGCAACAUCAUCGUCAUCAACAGUUUCAACGAAUCAAAAGGUAUCUCAACCUUGGGGCCAUAACUCUGCAUCUCAUAUUGGAGGCACUUGGGGUGAAGAAGAGGAUUCAAGUAACGUUUGGACAGGAGUUCCCUCCGGUGCUUCUGCGGCAGCUCCUAUGACCAGUGGAAGUGUAGGUGGUAUUCCAGCUCCUGUUCCUACCACUACACCUUCAGCCAACAGCAACAACAACAACAACAACAAUCAUCAUCAUCAUCAACCAGUUCCUUCCGAAUUCGAUUCAUGCUCUGACAAUGCAACCUCAAUUUGGGGAGGCUCAACCAAAGUCAAUAACAAUAACAAUAAUAAUGGUGUGAUGGGCUCGAAUAAUGCUGCGAAUGUUUCAAACGCUGGGAUGGUUGGAAAUUUCGGUGGUCAAAUGGCCGGUAUGAGCUCAAACAUGGGCAACUCAUAUGUUGGAAUGAAACGUGAUAACAAUAUGAAUGUCAUGAACAGCAAUAACAUGAAAAGCUCUUGCUCUUCAUCAGCAUCUUCGGGUUCAGGUUCAGGCUCAAUAAAUAUUGAUACCUGGGGCACUGCCCAAGGUGGUGCACAAGGUGGGUUUAAUAAAUGUGAAUCAAUUCAACCCACAGGCUGGGAAGCUGAUGAAGAAAAUGCUAAGAAAAAUGCUCCUCCUCCCCCUCCUCCAGCUCCUCGCGCUUCCGGUAAUGGUGUUGAUGAUGGAACAGCCGUUUGGGGAAAACCAGAAAUCCAUCAUAAAAUUGCUCGUUGGAAGGAUCCAGCAAAUGCCAAAAUGCCAGGUAACAGUGCCAAUGGAAAUAAUGCUCUUGCCUCACAGAACAGAAAUGGUGCAGGUUCGGGAUUGAUUUCUCCUAGUCCAGGAAUGAUUCGAUUACCCCCUGGUGCUCCAGGAUUCAAGGGUAACAACUCAAAUAAUAUGGGUAACAAAGGUAACAGCGGCAACAAUAAUAAUAACCAAAACAAACAAGCCAAUGGAAUGGCAGGUAAUCUCAUGCACGAUGGUGUUGAUGUCGGUGAUAACUCAGGCAAUGAUCUUUGGAACAAGCAACCAAUGAAUAGAGGUUGGAAUGAUAACCAAAACUCAAAAAAUAACCCAAUGCCUGUUGGAGAUGAACGUGAUGUUAAUGCUUCAAUUUCGUCUCAAGGUUUUGGAGUUUGGGGUCAGAAACAGAACGAAAGUGGAACUCCAAAAACUGCUCCCAGUACACCUAAUACUCCUGGAGGUAAUAUGGGUGCUGGUGGUUGGGGAUCAGAAGCUGCACCAGCUAGUCCUCUCUCAUAUUGGGGAGCUAAAGGACGCGGUGGUGGAGCAAACAAUUGGUUAUCUGGUGAUGAUCCAAUGGAUGAUAACAAUUGGAACAAAGCCAAACAAGGAAUGCCUUCUCAACAACCAUCACAAUUAUCCAAAGAAUCGUUGAAUCCAAGUAAAGUUUACCGUAUAUUGAUGGAAAUUGGGUGCAAGAGGGAAGAAAUUGAAAAUGCCUUACGUUCCAGUGGAGUAUCGAGAGAUGAUCUUCUCAAUUUCGGUCGAAACUUCUCAAUUCGUGAUAAUAUGGGCGAUAUGGAUUCGAGGGGUAAAGGUCAGGCCAGCAGCAAUACUCCUACUAGUCUAAUCAUGAAUUGCCUCGCAAAUUCAAAUCUUUCCAGUAUUAUGAACCGGCAUCCAUCUCAAGGGAUGCAGCAGACCCAACCUCAAGUGACUCUUUCCUCUCAGACUCAAGACCAUAUCAUUAACGUCCAACAGUCUACUUCUCAGCAACAGCAUGAUCAAAGCCAAAUUCAUCAUCAGCUUAAUCAAGCGCCUUCUCAAGCAUUGCCCUCAAUCAAUCAUGUCCAAAAUGUGCUUAGAAAUCAAGCAGCUAAAAACUUGGGAUCUGGCCAACCCAAUUUGCCAUCAGAGAAACAAUUGAUGCAUUUGGUCCAACAGAUACAGUUAGCUGUUCAAUCUGGCCACCUUAAUGCUCAGAUAUUGAACCAACCGUUGGCAGCACCAACAAUCCAUUUAAUCAAUCAGCUUUUACAAAAUAUCAAAACACUCCAAUCAUUACAAAUGCAAAUUGCCUCUCACCCCAAAAACGGGGGUCCUUUCAAUAACUCUUCUCAGUCAAAUCUUCACGUACAAAUAACUCAAACCAAGUUGCGUAUCCAAAAUUUACAAAAUCAGAUCACUAUCCAACAGGGACUGUUCCUUAAACAGCAACAACAGGGACAGUUGACUGGAGGAGGUGGAACUCACUCUCAAGGAUCACUUGUUAAUCCCUCUGCAUUAAUUUACUCUCAGUCCAAUGGUGACAUUGGAGGUGGUAAUGGAGGAAAUGGUGGAGGAGCGAAUCAGUCACAACAAAUGUUGGCUACUGCACAAUCUUCUCAUGCUCAAGGAGGAGGAGGAGCCCUCCAUUCAUCGAUGGUAUCAGGUAUUGGCAAUACUAAUGCUCCAAUAUUCAAUGCAAAUCACGGUAGUGGAAAUGGAGCUGGCAUGGAUUUCCUUAAAGACGGUGAUAGUAUUCAACAGUUGAACAAUGACUUAUGUGAUUUGACGCUCAAAGACUAUUCCCAAAGUGGUGCUGGUGCGCAUCAAGGGCUUGGCAUUUCUGGCAUCAAUGGAGGAAUGAAUUCAAUGAAUGCUUCCUCUCAAGGUCAUCACUCACAACAGCAACAAGGAAAUUCAGGUCAACAUUCACGACUACAAAAAUGGAAGUUCAACAACUACGAUAGAGACGAACAUGGAUCAUCGGCAGGAGAAAACAAUGCUAAUGAUUUCCUUCGUGCUCCAGGUUCGACCAAGAAUCAUCCUAAUGAUGUCUCAGGUUUGAACAGGGGCAAUGUGGGUGGUGAUGGUUCCCCUCUCUCGGAGGUUGGUCUGGACUGAGUUUCCC